GGAAGCACCGCGAACUCCGCGACCCAAAAGUAAAACUCGUCGUCCUCAAUAAACCAGAUCAAAAAGGGGAAAAGAAGAAGAAGAAGAAGAAGAAGCAGCUCCCCAUACCUCGAUCGUCCUCUAAUGGCGGAGUGAUGGGGAUGGGGCCGUGUAUCACGCAUGGUCUGGUCCCCCACAACGCCGAAUCGCCUCUCCUCUUUGUGCGAAUCAUAUUUUAUAUCAGGUUCUUUUGCUAUAAGAGGCCUUGAAGAGCUUUCAAUCAGUUCUUGGUUUGUUUCAGUGGGGCAUUUCUUCAAACAAGAUGAAUGCAUUGGCAGCAACCAGUAGGAACUUCAAGCAGGCAGCUAAGCUGCUGGGGCUGGACUCCAAGUUGGAGAAGAGUCUGCUCAUCCCUUUCAGAGAGAUCAAGGUUGAGUGCACGAUUCCGAAGGAUGAUGGUACUCUAGCAUCUUAUGUUGGGUUCCGCGUGCAACAUGACAAUGCCAGAGGACCCAUGAAGGGCGGUAUCAGAUACCACCAGGAGGUUGAUCCAGAUGAGGUGAAUGCCUUGGCACAGCUAAUGACAUGGAAAACAGCCGUGGCUAAUAUUCCUUAUGGAGGAGCUAAAGGCGGAAUAGGAUGUAGCCCUGGAGAUCUUAGUAUCUCUGAGCUUGAGCGGCUCACAAGGGUCUUUACCCAAAAGAUACAUGAUUUAAUUGGUAUCCAUACCGAUGUUCCAGCACCAGAUAUGGGAACUAACUCUCAGACGAUGGCUUGGAUACUUGACGAGUACUCGAAAUUCCAUGGCUACUCACCUGCAGUUGUCACAGGAAAGCCUGUUGAUCUUGGCGGAUCGCUUGGUAGAGAGGCAGCUACUGGAAGGGGAGUUCUGUUUGCGACUGAAGCCCUGCUUGCAGAGUAUGGCAAAAGCAUUGCAGGCCAACGCUUUGUUAUACAGGGGUUUGGAAAUGUUGGUUCCUGGGCGGCCUAUCUCAUCACUGAAGCAGGGGGAAAAGUUAUUGCAGUCAGCGAUGUCACAGGAGCCGUUAAGAACAGCAAUGGUCUCGACAUUCCCAAACUACUUAAGCACGCCAGAGAGAAUCGUGGUGUUAAAGGUUUCAGCGGAGGAGAUGCACUCGAUUCGAAUCUGUUGCUAACUGAAGACUGCGAUGUUCUUAUUCCUGCAGCCCUUGGUGGUGUGAUCAACAGGGAGAAUGCAAAUGACAUACGUGCCAAGUUCAUUAUCGAGGCAGCAAAUCAUCCGACCGACCCUGAGGCUGACGAGAUCUUAUCGAAAAAAGGUGUUCUGAUUCUGCCUGAUAUAUUAGCGAACUCAGGCGGCGUUACUGUGAGUUACUUCGAGUGGGUCCAGAAUAUUCAAGGGUUCAUGUGGGACGAAGAGAAGGUGAACUGCGAGUUAAAGACAUACAUGACGAGGGGUUUCAAAGAUGUGAAGGGGAUGUGCAAGACCCACAACUGCGACCUCCGCAUGGGCGCGUUCACCCUCGCUGUCAACCGCGUCGCACGUGCCACCGUCCUUCGAGGAUGGGAAGCAUGAAAGGAGAACAUUUUUCGGUUCUCUUUUUUCCUUUUUCCUUUUCUUCCUUUCUUCUUUGUUUUCCUUUUCGGCUUUCUCCUCCUGCGGCGUAAUUCAAUAAAGAUUUGGUUUGGGUGUCUCAUCUGUAACCUGACCUGAAUCUAUUUAUGCAUCAGAAAUGUUCUUCUUUUUCCCCCUCGGGAAAUCAAAUAUGAUGGGUUAGUUUGCUCAUGAAAAUUUGACUGAAAAAUUCAGAGUAAAACAAUUCGACAAUAUUGCGGCGAGGAAUCGACAUUUGAAGGGGUCUACUUCUGCAAAAA